GGUGAGUGAUAAACGCGGCCACUCGUGGUGUCACCGGAGGCAUCGGGGACCCCCGAGGUGACCAGGAAGAGGAGGGUCCCCGCUCCCGCCGUCACGCAGGGAGGGGUAAAAACAAGGAUUUCGGGCUAAUCCCGACCACGCAUCCGCUUUCCGCUCGCAGGCCACGCACGGAGCGCGGAAAUCGCCAUAAAAGGGGGUUUUGGGAGCAAAAAGGCCACGGCGAGGGGGGCGCAAAGGGCUCGGCGGGGCCCAUGAGUGACCCUGAGGCCGUGGCUGAGCGGCCGUGGCGGGGGCCAUGUCCUCGCUGCUGUCCCUCCAGGAGGAGAACCGCAUCCUGCAGCAGGAGCUGUCGCGCGUCGAGGACUUGCUGGCGCAGAGCCGGGCCGAGCGCGAUGAGUUGGCCAUCAAGUACAACGCCAUCAGUGAGCGGCUGGAGCAAACCCUGCGGCUGGAGACGGGCGAGCGGGAAGCGGCCGAGAGCCGGAGCCUGGCGCAGCACAACAUCGAGCUGCGGCGGCUGCUGGAGGAGGAACAAGCUGCCUACAAGCGCAAGCUGCAGGCGUACCAGGAGGGCCAGCAGCGGCAAGCACAGCUGGUGCAGAAGCUCCAAGCCAAGGUGUUGCAGUAUAAGAAGAAAUGCGGCGAAGUGGAGCAGCAGCUGCUGGAGAAGGCGACGGAGCUGGAGCAGGAGAGGCUGACGAGCCAGCUGGAUGUGAGCGGCUCACAGCCAGAGGAGGAGAGCAGCAAUGAGCUGGAGAACGCCCUGAUCCGGCUGGAAGAAGAACAGCAGAGGAGCAGCAGCCUGGUGCAGGUGAACUCGAUGCUGCGGGAGCAGCUGGAACAAGCCAACGUGGCCAAUGCGGCGCUGAGCGAGGACAUCCGCAAACUGACGGCCGACUGGGCGCGGGCCCGGGAUGAGCUGGAGCAGCGGGAGGCGGAGUGGAGGCGCGAGGAGGAGUCCUUCAACAGCUACUUCAGCAGCGAGCACAGCCGCCUGCUCAGCCUCUGGAGACAGGUGGUGGCCUUCAGGCGCCACUUUGGGGACAUGAAAGCCACCACCGAGAGGGACCUGUCGGAGCUGCGGCACGAGGCGUCACGCACGGGCAGGGCUGCGCACGCCGCCUGCCUGCACCUGGCAGCCAACCUGCGGCUGGCCGAGAGCCAGGCGGGCGCCGUGCAGGAGAAGCAGGCGAUGCGGCUGGCACAGCUGGAGGAACAGCUGGCGGCGCGGGAUGCCGACCUGGACAAAGCCGCCCUCAGCACCAGGCUGGCGGAGCUGGCGGCGGCGCUGGAGCGGCUGCGGGCGGAGGACGGGGAGAAGGAGCGGGCGGUGGAGGCGCUGACGCUGCAGCUGCAAAAACUGGAGAGCUCGCGUGCCCAGGAGCCGUCGCUGGCGGAGGUGGAGGCUCUGCGCGCGGAGCUGGAGCUGCUCCGGCAGACGCUGCAGGAUGUCACCCAGGCAGUGCUGGCAGACGACCCCGAGCACCCACCGUCCCCCCCAGUGUCCCCCCCGUGUCCCCUCUCGCCCAGCGCUGCCACCGCCGCCAUUCACGCCGCUCUGUGCCGCCGCCACCUCCAGCUGCAGGAGGCGCGGGGCCAGGCGGAGGCCGGGCGGGAGGAAGCCGGGACCCUGCGGCGGGAGCUGGGGGACAGCGAGAGGCGGGUGGGGACCCUGGAGCGGCAGCUGGAGCAGCUCAGCGCCGAGGCCGAGGGCCUGCGCAGGGAGCUGCAGCAGGCGGAGGCGGCGCUGGGGGGGGAGCAGCAGCGGGUGGGCGCCCUGCAGCAGGAGCGGGUGCAGCUGCAGCGCCGCAGCGAGGAGCUGGAGGAUGCGCGGGAUGAGGCUGCCCGUGCCGCUGAGGACGCCCGCCAGCAGCUGGAGCGCAGCCAGCAGCAGGUGGAGGAGCUGGAGGCUCAGCGGGCGGGGGUGCAGCAGGAGCUGCUGGAGCUGCGGGAGGAGCUGAGCCGGGCGGCGCUGGAGGCCGAGGUGGCUCGGGGCGAGCGGGAGGCGCUGGUGGAGGCGCUGGAAAAGCGCGGACAUCUACCCUCUCCCUGGCGGGAACAUCUACCCUCUCCCUGGCGCAGACAUCUACCCUCUCCCUGGCGGGAACAUCUACCCCUGUGUCUCCAGGCGCAGGGGAGCUGCGGGCAGCUGCAGGCAGCACAGCGCGGAGCGGACGCGGAGCGGGCGCGGCUGCGGGACGCCCUGGCCCGGAGCAGCGAGCUGGCGGCGGGACUGGCCCGGGAGCGCUCGGAGCUGGGCCGGGGGCUGGAGCAGCUGGAAGCGGAGCGGGAGCUCGGGCGAAGCCGGGAGCAGCGGCUGGGCCGGGAGCUGGAGAGGCUGCGGGCGCGGCUGGAGCGGGGGCUGCGCCUGGGGGCGGCCGAGCGGCGGGGGCUGGAGCGGGGGCUGCGGGCGGCCCAGGAGGGAUCCCGGGGGCUGCGGGAGCAGCUGCGGGGGCUGCGGGGGCACCAGCUGCGGCUGCGGCAGCACCUGGGCCAGGCAGUGCAGGAGCAGAGCGCGGCGGGCGAGGCGCUGGCGCAGGCGCGGGGGGAGCAGGAGCGGCUGCGGGGGGAGCUGCUGCGGCUCAGCCAGGCCCGCGAGGAUUUGGCCAAGGAGGGGGCCAGCCUGGCUGUCCAGCUCGCUGCCGCCCAGCGCCAUGGCCAGGAUCAGGCUCAGGAGGCAGCUGGGCUCAGGUUGGAGAAGGAGGGGCUGGAGAGCAGCAUCUUCCAGCUGCAGCAGGAGGUCACCCAGCUCAGCACCCGCAACCGGCAGCUGCAGGCCGAGGGCCGGGACCUGCGCCAGGCCAAGGAGGCGUUGGAGGCGGAGCUGGCUGCCGCGCGGCUGGAGCGGGAGCAGGAGCUGCAGGCGCGGCAGCAGGCGGUGGCAGCGGCCGAGACGGCGGCGGUGACGGUGGCUUUGCAGAGCGCCCGCGACGCUCACCGCGGCGAGCUGGACCGCCUGCAGCGCGAGAAGGAGGAGCUGGAGGCCGAGCAGGACCGGCUGGCGCGGGAGCACGAGGAGCUGGAGGCCAAGCUGGUGGCGACGCAGCGGCAGCGCGAGAGCGAGAAGCAGCAGGCACUGGCGCUGCAGGAGCAGGAGCGGGUGGCGGCGGCGGAGACGCUGGGGGGGCUGCAGCGCAGUCUGGCCGAGGCCACGGCCGAGCUCGAGCAGCAGCGGCGAGAGGUCACUGGGCAGCAGGAGAAGGCGCAGAGCCUGACUGCAGAGCUGCGCACCCUGCGGGCACGGGCAGACGAGGCAGCAGCAUCCCACGAGCGGGAGGUGAAACAUCUCCGUGACCAAGCAACAGCAGCGGCCAAGCAACGAGACAGUGCCCUCCGGGAGGCGGAGGAGGCGCGGGCGCAGCUGCGGCUGGUGGCGGAGGCGCGGGCGGCGGGACGGCGGGAGCUGCUGGAGGCGCAACGGGAGGCCCGGGAGAGCCGGGAGGGCCGGGAGGAGCAGCGGCGGCAGAUGCAGGAGGCUCGGCGGGCGCUGGGGGACGAGGCUCGGGAGAAGGAGGCCCUGCGGCGCUCCAAUGAGGAGCUGCGGGCGGCCCUGCGGCGCGCCGAGGGCGAGCGCAUCAGCCUGAAACGUGCCAACGAGGAGAAGGAGCAGCGGCUGGCGCUGCUGGAGGACGGGCAGGCGGCGGCGGAGCGGGAGGUGACGGAGCUGCGGGCGAGCAUGCGGGAGCUGGAGCGCGCCCGCCUCGACGCCCGCCGUGAGCUGCAGGAGCUGCGCCGGCAGCUGAAGAACCUGGACAGCGAGAACAGCAAGAGGAGCAAGGAGGUGGGUGAGCUGCAGGCGCGGGUGGCCCUGGAGGAGCAGCGGGAGGAGGAGAGCCGCCGCCAAGCCUUUGGCCUCAGGCAGAAGGUGGCAGAGAGUGAGGCUGACACAGAGGCAGCCAGGAAAGAGCUCCAGCACCUGCAGCAGCGGCUGUCGGAGGCGGAGGGCGAAUUUCGGCAGCGGGAGAAGGACCUGGCCCGGAGCUUGGAGGAAGCUCGUGGCAACGAGAAGAAGCUGCUGGCUGAUGCCCGCAACCUGCAGCUGAAGGUGGAGGCGGCGCGGGGCGAAGCAGCGGAGCUGAGCCUGCGCCUGAGCGCGGCCGAGGGCCGGGCGCAGGGGCUGGAAGCCGAGCUGGCCCGCGGCGAGUCGCUGCGCCGAGCUGCUGAAACCCGCCUGGGAGGCAUCCAGUCCGCCCUGCGCCGCACCAUGGGCAUCGGCCGGGCACGGGCCGGCUCCCCAGGCAAGGGUGAGGGACCGGGGACCCCCAGCUCACCCCCAGACCCCGAUGCAGCGAGCGAACCCGAGGCGGUGCGGGCGGCCCUGCGGGAUUUCCUGCGCGAGCUGCAGGAUGCGCAGCGGGAGCGGGAGGAGCUGCGGGUGCAGGUGGGGACGCUGGGCCGGCGGCUGGCAGAGGUGGAGGAGGAGCGGGACAGCGCCAGCGCCCGCGCCCAGCAGCUCCAAAAACUGGUGGCUGAGGGCGAGGAAGGGCGCCGCAGCGGGGGGGAGCUGAGCAGCGCCCAGGCCGCGCUGCUGCUGCAGGAGGAGACGCUUCGGCGAGCCGAGCAGGAGCGCCGGGCGCUGCGGGACAAGGUGGCGGCGCUGGAACGCAGCCUGCAAGCCGCACAGGAGAGGGCGAGCGCGGCGCGGGGCAGCGAGGCCGAGCUGCAGGAUGCCAAGCGGCAGCUGGAGGCUGCGGAGAGCCGGGGCCGGCGGCUGGAGCUGCAGCAGCAGGUGCUGGAGGGCGAGCUGCAGCGGGCACGGGUGGCCCUGGGCGAGCGGCGAGUGGAGGCGCAGGCGAUGCAGGAGCGCGGGGAGCGGCUGCAGAAACAGCUCACGGAGAGCGAGCAGCGCGCCGGUGCGUUGCAGCUGGCCAUGGAGCGGCUGAGCGCGGCGCUGGCCCCGAGCGGCUCCAAGGACGACGCUCCGAGCACCGCGGUGACAUCCGCCGACGGCCCCGCCACCCACGAGCGGCUGCAGCAGCUCCAAAGCGCCUUGGCCGCCGGAGAGCUGGACCGCCGGGCCCUGCAGGAGGGGCUGGAUGUGGCCCGGCGGGCGCUGGGCGAAGCACGGGAGGAGAAGGCGGCGCUGCGGGAGCAGCUGCGGGCGCUGCGGGGGGAGCAGGAGCUGCUGCGGCACUGCAAGGAGGAGCUGGAGGCGCAGGGGAGGCAGCAGCAGGAGGAGCUGCGGGGGGCCCUGUCCCGCGCACAGGGGGAGCAGCGAGCGGCCGAGCGCGUCGCCCAGCGCCUGCACAAGGAGAAGGAGGCGCUGAGGGGCACCCUGGACAAGAUAGUAUCUGCUAUAUAUAAUGUACGCACCACCUGCAGUAUUCUCCCUGCGUUUCCCAUGCCCCUUGCCGCAGGUGCAGCGGGAGCAGCUGCGCUGCCGGGAGGACUCUCUGCGGCUGCGGCGCUCGCUGGGCUGCGCCGAGCGGGACCUGGCGCAGGCUCAGAACCGCGUCCGCCUGCUGCAGGCGCAGGUGUCGGUGCUGGAGCACCCAUCCCCAAUGUCCCCACGACUGUCCCCCCACCACGGGGAGCGCGGCCACCACAGCCUGGAGGAGCAGCUGGCGCUGCUGAAGGGACAGGAGCUGCAUCCCCCCCCCGGCGUUUAGUGACCCCCGCAGAAACCGGCACAACUCAGCGCACGGGUGACCCCCCUGCUCAAAAAACACCCCGUUUUGUCUCAAUAGUCCCUUUUUUCAAACAAAUAAAAAUCGCACUUUCCCAACAAGCCCAUUUUUGAGGGUUUUUAGCCCUUUUUUCUAUGGCGAUUUUUAACAAAACAAUUGGAAAUGUUAUUUUUUGUAACCCCACAACCAGCCAAGAUGCUGGAUUUAUCCCACCCCACCUUGAUACGUGAUGCUCCCCCCGCCCUCACAAACCCCCUAAUUCACAUCCCCAUAUUUUCCCUUUAUUUCUAACAAAAAGUGGGAUUUUUCUAUCUCUAUUUUUGGAAUUUGAGGGUUUUACUGGUGCUACUUGGGGGGGUGGGGGCUGAAAAUCAACCCCCCCUUAUCACCCCUGGCCUAAUAAAUGUGGAUAAACCCAAACUGGCAGCAUUUGAGGGUUUAUUUUGUGG